AUGCUGGAGUUCGUUGAAUCCCUAAAACCUGGCUUCGAACUUGGUUGGCUUUGCUUAGAUCUGGCUUGUCUGUGGGAGGAGAACAAGGUGUGGGGCAAGCACAUGGAAGAGGACAAGGCGUGGGGCAACGCUGUUAAAGGGGACUUUGUCUUUGAACGCCAAAGGGGGCAAAGGAGGAGAUUUCGAUCUGUUGCAGGAGAUUCCGUCAUUUGGGCUCUCCAUCUUGUUGCAGGUAAAGGCAAAUUUUCGAGCAAUGACCCAUCAACGAACUCUGGCGAAGGAGCAGCAUCAAACGACGCCGUUUGCUGUGGGAGUGGUCCAUCGAAGAGGGUUCAAUCUUGUAACUAUACAAAAUCAUCGGGAUACAGUAAUGGAAAGACACAUAUUCAACCUGUAAUGCCUGUAGAAACAAAGGCUUCUCGCUCGUGGGGUGUAUAUGUUAUUCCAGCUGCUAUGCUUGGAUUUGCUGGACUAGCAGCUUUUGUUCAUUAUAAUGAUGAGAGAAGAGCAAUUUUAAAAGGCCAGGGUAGUAAAAAUGGUGGAAAUACUGUCAAGGGGCCAACAAUUGGUGGUCCAUUCACUCUAAUUGAUACAGAGAAUCGGAUUGUUACUGAGCAGAAUUUUGAUGGAAAGUGGGUUCUCCUCUACUUUGGUUAUACCUCAUCUCCAGAUAUUGGGCCGGAGCAAGUAAAGAUUAUGGCCAAGGCCAUAGAUAUAUUAGAGUCCAAACAUGAUUCCAAGAUUCUACCUGUGUUUGUUACGAUUGAUCCUCAACGCGAUACCUCUUCACAACUUUGUGCUUACCUUAAAGAGUUUGACUCAAGAAUAGUAGGAUUAACGGGACCUGUAUCAGCUAUUCGGCAGAUAGCUCAGGAGUACCGUGUCUAUUUUAAGCGGGUAGACGAGGAAGGAGAUGAUUAUCUUGUUGACUCUUCCCACAGCAUGUAUCUGAUGAGCCCAAAAAUGAAGGUUGUGAGAUGCUUUGGUGUAGAGUACAAUGCAGAGGAACUUUCAGAUGCAAUAAUGAAGGAACUGAGGAGCACCCUGACCUAAUGUCUCCAAGAUUUUGAUAGGUUGCCAAUAUUUCUCCGAUGCGGUAAGGAAAAUAUUAUAUUUUAGACAGCCAUUCUAACAUGACCUUUGUUUUUGUGGUUCUUUCAUUCCCAAAUUUUUGAAAUUUCACUCAUAUGUUACUGAGUUCAAAUGUCAAUGAGUUUCUUAUUUGAAAAUCAUCUAGACAAGAGCAUAGAAAGAUGAACAGAAUCUGAUUCUUGAAGGCUAUCUGUAAAGUUACAUUUGAUAUUAUAUGCACUGCUUAAUCUACAUUUUUUUU